AUGCCAACCGCCUUAUUGAGCGUCGCCAUCUGCGAGGGAGAAGGUGUAUUCAAGCACUGGCGCCUUUUCCUCGAGGGACCUUCCGACGAGGAAAAAAUCAUUUUCCACAUCAUGGGAUCUUCGAUGAACUUCCGAUACGAGACACGACGGUGUGAUGCUCGUUCAGCGGAGGAUCUCAUCGAGAUGAUCCCUCUUUGUCAGGUGAAUACAUCCAAGAUCGGCGCUAUCGAAGCAGCAGCCGAGGCCGCUGUGAUUCAUACUGAAGCUCCAGGCUACAAUUGUCAAGACUACAUCCUGGAGCUCAUGGAUGAGCUAGAGGCCCAAGGCAUUAUCAACGCAAAAGACAACAAAUAUAUGAAGAGCAAGAGACUUGUUCAAAGCAGGGUCGAAGGAUUAUUUUGA